AUGGUUUCUGGAAUUGUAGGUGUUGAUUUUGUAAUAUUGAUUUUAGGGAGUGAAAGUUCGGUACCUAUAAAACAUAACUCCAAAAAAAAACUUAGUAAAGGAGUUAUCAUUGCAAUUUUUGUUGGUGGAGUUGUUCUGUUGUUUUUUGUAGUACUUGUCAUUGUUCUUUGUUGUUUAAAGAAAAAAGAUAAUGGAAGCUCGAGAGUUGUUAAAGCGAAGGGACCUAGUGGUGGUGGAAGGACAGAAAUAGUGAAAGAAGAAUUUGGAAGUGGCGUGCAAGAAUCUGAGAAAAACAAAUUGGUUUUCUCUGAGGGCUGUUCUUAUAAUUUCGAUCUCGAGGUUUCGUUGAGAGCUUCGGCCAAGGUUCUUGGAAAGGGAAGUUACGGAACCGCAUAUAAGGCUAUAUUGGAGGAAGCAACAACAGUUGUAGUGAAACGGUUGAAAGAAGUUGUAGUAGGAAAGAGGGAAUUUGAACAGCAGACGGAGAUUGUUGGAAGCAUUGGAAAUAACCUAAAGGUCGUUCCACUCCACGCUUGUUAUUAUUCGAAGGAUGAGAGGCUUUUGGUUUGUGACUAUUUCCCAAAUGGCAAUCUAUCUAUACUCUUGCAUGGUAUGCAUUUCUGCGGACGAGCUAGCUUAGAUUUGAACAUGGGAAUAAAAAUCACUCUCGGAAUUUCUCGGGGAAUUGCACAUUUACAUUCAGUUGGCGGUCCAAAAUUCACACACGGAAAUGUGAAAUCCUCCAAUGUCCUCAUAAGCCAAAAUUACGAUGGCUGCAUUUCAGAUUUCGGCCUGACACCAAUCAAGAAUGUUCCUGCGACCCCAUCCAGAACCGCAGGGUACCGUGCUCCCGAGGUAAUCGAAACUCAGAAACACACUCAUAAAUCAGACGUGUACAGUUUCGGUGUCCUCCUUUUGGAAAUGCUUACUGGUAAAGCGCCACAACAGUCUCCAGUAUGCGAUGACAUGGUUGAUCUGCCUAGGUGGGUUCAGUCUGUCGUUAGGGAGGAAUGGACCGCCGAGGUUUUUGAUGUGGAACUAAUGAGGUACCAAAGUAUUUUUUUCUAA